CCUCUCUCCCUUUCAUCCUGCUCCUUGUUUCUGACCUAGUUCGGAACUUACAAACAGUUUCCUCCCUCUUUUUCUUUUCUUUAAAUUAAAAGUAUAAGGAAAUGUCUUUGAUCUACGGCGUAGUUGCGCAUGGUCCUACCAUCUUGACCGAACAUACCAACAGCACUGGCAAUUUUGGAACAGUGACUCAAGCGAUUCUCGAAAAGAUACCCCCAAACAAUUCCAAGCUUACCUAUGUCUAUGACAGAUACCUGUUUCACUACAUUUGUGAGGACGGCAUUACCUACAUGUGCAUGGCAGACGACUCAUUCGGACGUCGUAUUCCGUUUGCCUUCUUACAAGAUUUGAAGGAAAAGUUUUUGAGCACGUAUGGCAAGGAGCGGGCACUGCAGUCGCCUGCGUACGGCUUGCAAGAGUUUUCCCGAGUGAUGGCGAAGCAAAUGGACUACUUUUCAUCAAAUCCAAGUUCAGACAGAUUGAAGCAGGUGCAUGGAGAGAUUGAACAGGUCAAGGAUGUCAUGGUGCAUAAUAUCGAGCGUGUUUUGGAACGUGGUGAACGGAUUGAACUGCUUGUCGACAAGACGGAUAACUUGAACCAGCAAGCUUUCGCUUUCAAGAAGCGAAGCACACAACUUAAGCGUGCCAUGUGGUGGAAAAACACCAAAUUGAUGGUGAUGAUUGUCAUCCUCUGCUUCCUUAUUGCAUACUUCAUUGCUGCAUCAGUGUGCGGUUUUCCUGCAUUCGGUGCCUGCCGCGGUUAAUUUGAAAUAGCUUCAUUUGCUAGUGUGGUAUUAACAAGGAACAAAAAAAAAAGAUCUAAAAUCUGG